CAGCAGAAUAAAAACUAUUGCAGCUGGUGUAUUUAUGGUUCUGCCACCCGAAAGCAUUUCUUCAUCAUGAGCUCUAAUUCCACCUCCUCCCACAGUCUUGCUGCCUCGUUUCCCAACGACUCCACUCCCUUGCUACCUACCUCAGCACCCAACACGAAGAGCUCUUCAGUCAAUCUAGUCAAGCUCACUGGAACAGAACAGAAGAAAAGGGUGUACAAGCGAUUCUUUCUCUUUUGCCUCUGGGGCUCGUUCUUCACCUUUUGUUUCAACUUGGUCUUCUUACCCAGAACCUCGCUAGGGAGAGACUUGAAAAGGCUACAUUUUGACCCAUUGACCAAGUCAGACUUGAAGAGAAUAUACCUCAACACCAUCUCAUCCACCAACAGCGACCACAAUAACCACGACAAUGAUGGCGACAGUCAGAAUACCAUUGCACAAAAAUUUUUGGAUUACAUCCACAACUAUAAUUUGAAUAACAUCGACAGUAAAUUUCGCAAUCCAGACCACAUCCACAACUAUCUAAACUCAAGCUCAGAGCCUAUAGUUGACUAUACUUUGAACUCCUUUAAAAAAUCUGGUUUGAAACAAUCCUAUAUCGAAUCCUACGAUAUCAAUUUAAAUAUCCCAAUUAAAACAGAUUUGCUAUUAAAAGAUGCAAAUUUAAAUACUUUAUAUCAUCCAAGUUUAGUUGAACCUUCGAUAUCUGAAGACCCUCUAACCAAAAAUGCUUCCAUUUUCUCAAAGUCUUUCAACCCUUUUUCAAAAUCUGCUAAUAUCACCUCCACUUUUUCAUUUGUUAAUUAUGCCUCAAUCGACGACUUUAAAUCAAUCUCUCAUUCAAAUAUCAAUAUUAAUAAUACAAUUUGUAUCAUAAGAAACGGAAAACUAUCUUCUUAUUUGAAAAUUAAAAAUUCCGAAAAAAAUGGCUGUAUUGGGGCAAUCUUCUUUAACGACCCUUCUGAUGAUGGACUCUUUACAAUUAAAAAUGGCUAUAAUACAUAUCCUAAUGGCUUUUCUAGAAAUCCAAAUUCAAUCGAAAGAAAUACCCUAAAUUCUAUUGAAUUGUUUAGUCAAAAUCAAUACCAAAAUGAAAAUGAAAAUCAAAAACUCAGAAAACACUUUUACCCAACUAUUCCUUCAAUCCCAAUAAGCUAUAAAGAAAUCCUACCUGUUUUGGCAAAAAUAAAUGGCAAAAACCCAAACUUUAACAAUUGGUCUGGUGAUUUAAUCGAAGAUUUCGAUUACUCUGUUGGUCCAAGCGAUUCAAAUCAUUUAUUGAAUUUAAUCAACCUACAAAGUGACCAGUCUAAAACAAUUAAAAACAUUAUAGCUAAAAUCCCCGGAAUCUUGCCUGGUGAAGACCUUAUUAUCGGCAACCAUAGAGACUCUUUAACCACAAAUGGUAAUCUUGGUGGUUCUGCUGUUCUACUAGAAAUAUCAAGAGGUUUGGGAAAUUUGGUCAAACUAGGCUGGAAACCCUUGAGAACAAUCACCUUAAUUUCUUGGGAUGCAAAAGAAUAUGGUAUGUUAGGCUCAAAUAAAUUCGGCGAAAUUCAUAGUUCUUCCUUAAUGAAAAACUCUUUGGGUUACAUUAAUAUUGAUAAUAAUAUCGUUUAUGGUACAAACUUCAAUGUCAACUCAAAUCCCUUGUAUUAUAACUUGAUUAAAAAGGUAUCUAAAUUGAUUCCUUUUAAUACUGACGAUGAUAGUGAUAUCUCUUUAUUUCAAUAUUGGAAAAGUCAAGAUAAUAACUCCUUUGGAAUUUCUGCAUCUGAUAGUGAUUACUCAGUUUUUCAAAAUCACUUAACCAUUCCAACAAUUGAUAUAAAAUUUACCUCAAAUAAAGAUAAAGAUCCUGUUUUUCAUAAAAAUUCAAUUUAUAACUCAGUAAAUUGGUUACAAAAUCUUACCGAUAACGAGUUUAAUUACCACCAAACUUUAUGCAAAUUUAUUGGUCUACUCAUAUUAACCAUUGACGAAAAUGAGUUAAUUCCUUUUAAAACAAAUGAUUAUUCUCUUCACGUUUUCGAAAGUUUUAAAAAAAUAGAAAAAUCAAUAAACAAUGACUGGUAUAGUAAAAUUUUAUCAGUUCAAUUUUUAAAAAAAACAAUUAAAGAUGAGCCAGAGUUGAAGGUUAUAAUUUACCAUUUUCUGAGAUAUUAUAAAGAAAAUAAAAUAAUCGAUCAAAAAAAUAGAAACAAUGAUGAUCAUGAUCUAAAUACCAUCCGAUUUAAGGAUUUGACUAAAUUUAUGUUUCAAGUUUUAAGUAAUUUUGUUGAUCAAAGUCAAAUAUUCGAUGAAUAUACAACUUCAAUUCAGGAUCAAGUCACUAAUGAUUAUCCCUGGUUUAAAGCAUAUAAAAAAAUCAAAUUGGCUAUUCAAAUAAAAGUAGCGAAUUUUAAACUAGUUCAUUUGGAUAGAAAAUUCUAUUACGAAAAGGGAAUAAAUGAUAGAAAAUGGUUAAGGCAUUUAAUUUUUGCUCCAGAUAGAGAAACAGGUUUGAUUGGAGGUAUUUUACCAGGGCUUGAUGAAUCGAUUAAAGAUAAUAAUUUUGAAAAAUCUUGUAUUUGGAUUCUUUUGGUCUUAUCAAGAAUUCAUCAAUUAAUUGAAAAUUUAGGUUAGUGCUUAUUUUAUUUGCAAAAUCAGUUGAUCAUAUCUCAAUUUUUUUGUGUCUGUCUGUGAAUUUCAGUUUUUUUUUUUUUUUUUUGUUUUUGUUUGUUUUCUUG